CCGCUCCCCAUCUCAGCUACUGCGACACAUGAGAACUUUAGUUGGUAGCUACAAAGUUGAUGACUCAGUCCUGCGCCAACUUUGGACUAAAUGUCUACCACCUAAUACCGUCCUGAUUUUGUCCGUCCAAGGUGAUGAAAUUUCGCUUGAUAAGUUAGCUGAACUAGCCGACAAGGUGCAUGAAUGCUUUUUCAAGCAUCCCAUUAAUCAGGUCUCGCAGCCUACUAACGCGUUUGAAAGUACGUCUGUAAUGGAUAGGCUGCAGAACCAGAUUGAACAGCUAACUGCCCAAGUUUCCCUCAUCACCAAACGUCUUAACCGCCGUCGAAGUGUAUCACCUGGCCGAAACACACGUGCUCUACCCUCCAACCGUGACCAACUGAAUCGUCUCUGUUAUUUUCACAAACGAUUUGGGGAUGCUGCACGGAACUGUAGGCCGUGGUGUUCGCACCCUAAAGCCUUUCGCUUACAGAACCAACAGGGAAACUCGCCGGCCAGCCAGUAAUGGCGACAGCUGCCGCUGGCCAACACCAUAGUCGCCUUCUCCACGUGUUUGACAACUCAACCGGCUACCGUUUUCUCGUCGACACGGGUGCCGAAGUUAGCGUCAUACCCGUAGGUACACAAAAACGCCAACUUUCUCCGGGGCAUGUCACACUCCAGGCGGCCAAUGGUACGAAAAUUCAGACGUACGGUCAGAAACUGUUAACCCUAGAUCUGGGACUCCGACGUCGACUACCUUGGCUUUUCUUAAUCGCCGACGUUCAGAAGCCCAUUCUUGGCAUCGAUUUCUUGACGAAGUUUGGCAUCAUCGUUGAUCUCGGAAACAGGAAACUCCGUGACAGCGUCACCUCACUUACUGUCUCCGGCAAAGUCCUCGCUAUCGACUCGAUUGGCAUUCGUUUGGCUCUGCCUUCCGACAAUAAGUUUACUGCUCUUCUGCGCCAGUUUCCGUCCAUUUAUCAACCGAUCAGCGACGACUUUCAGCCCAAACACGAAAUCCGCCAUCACAUCGAAACUAAAGGCAAUCCUGUCACCGCCAGACCACGACGUCUUGCUCCCGACAAACUCGCCAUUGCCAAAUCUGAAUUUCAACACAUGAUGAAUUUAGGCAUUAUUCGUCCCUCGAAUAGCCCAUGGUCAUCCCCACUUCACAUGGUUUCAAAGAAAUCCACAGGGGAUUGGCGACCAUGCGGCGACUAUCGCGCUCUAAAUAACGCCACUGUUCCAGACAAAUACCCAAUUCCCCAC